AUGAUCUUCCUCUUGGCCCUCGGGGUCGUUGCUUUUCUCUUUCUCAAUAUCAAAGUCCUUCCCGGGGCAUGGCACGUCCGCGUCCUCUGGGGUAUAUACAAGCAAACCACUGCCCCGACCGUUCGCAGGGAGAUAGACAGCAAGAAAGAUACCAAGCCGCUCUUCAAAUAUCUAACCACCACCACCCGCGCCGCGUUCUUGGAAUGCGACUACAACGGCCAUAAGUCGAACAGCACGUACUUCACCGACCUCGACAUCAACCGCACCCAACUUCUCUGUCGGCUAUUCAAGCUUGUUCUCUCAGCAUCGCACUAUGACCGCACAAAACGGAAUAAACAUCUCAAAAUCGCACUAGGCAGUACCUGCUGCGUGUUCCGAAAAGAGAUCCAGCCAUUGCAGGAGGUUGAUAUUUGGUCAAGGGUAUUGAGCUGGGAUGAGAAAUGGGUAUAUCUUGUUAGUUAUUUUGUCCGGGGGGAGUCCGGGGAAAAGGGUGGAGUGCCCCGGGAACAGGAUAUCCUGGCCUCGGCGAUUGGGCGAUAUGUUUUCAAAGACGGAAAAAAGACGGUACAGCCGAUUGAGGCAUUGAGGGAUUGUAAACUCCUGCCGUUAGAGUCUGAUCCAGACUGGGAAGAGUAUGAAGCUGAGCGUGUCAAGGGUAUGCAAAUCGGGGGUCUGUUGGCUGGUUUGGGGAAUUUGCCCGAGGUGUUCUGUCCGGAUUCUGGGUGUCUGAAUUAG